AAAGAAAGAAAGAGCUCGCGUGUUUUUCUCUCUUGAGUGUUUUAUUGAGUGUAAACAGAGUCUUGUCUCUGUGUAUUUUAGUGUUGAUGAUGAGAGAUGAGAUGUGCUGUAAAUCAGUAGGAACUGAUCUGUCCAUGCUGGAUAUUGAUGAUUUCAUCACAGAAAUCUCUCACCUAAAGAAAGAGGUGGCGUUACUGGAGACAAAGCUGAGGUUAAGAGGAGAUGAAGGACUGAAGAGAGAGGACUCUGAGCUCAGUCUGACUUUACUCUGUUAUACUGAGUCAAAGCCCACAGACUCUCAGGACACUACAGUGUGUGACAGUAAUCAGGGCUUACAGGAUGAGGAAUCUACUGAUCAAACCUCCACAGAGUCUCUGGAUUCUGUCUGGAACGCUGGAGAACAGCAGCAGAUCCUGCCGACCAAACUGAAGAUGGUGGUAAAAACUGAACCUGUAGAAGAGGAAGAUCACCCUGAUGAUGAUGAUUUUAUUCCCUCAGAAGUGAAGAGUGAAUUAUGUUUGGAUGGAGAAAUAACGUCCUCGACUCUUUCCUGCAUCACCGGUGUAGAGACAUUGAGCUCACAGAGACAUUUAGAGAGAAAACACACCGAACCGAAACUCUUUACCUGCACCAGAUCUGAGAUCAGCUUUACUACCUUACAAGAGAAGAAACUUCACAUGAGGACACACAAUAAUGAACAGUCUUUCUACUGCAGUGAAUGUGGCAAAUAUUUAAGCAGCAAACACUCUCUUGAUGGUCAUAAGAGAGUUCACACUGGAGAGAAACCUCAUCACUGUAAUGUUUGUGGGAAGAGUUUUAAUUGUCGCAGCACUUUAGUAAAGCACCAGAGAAUUCAUACAGGUGAAAAACCUUACAAAUGCUCUCAGUGUGAGAAGAUGUUUACUCGAUCCGACAUCCUGAAGGUCCAUGAGAGAAUUCACACUGGAGAGAAACCUUACGUCUGUUCUCAAUGUGGAAAAAGCUUCACUGAUCUAUCUCGUUUCAGGGUUCAUCAGAGAAUUCACACUGGAGAAAAACCUUAUCACUGUAGUGUUUGUGGGAAGAGUUUCAGUCGACAUUACAGUUUAGCAAAGCACCAGAGAACUCAUACAGGGGAAAGACCUUACAAAUGCUCUCAGUGUGAGAAGACGUUUACUCAGGCAUGUCACUUAAAAGCCCAUCAGAGUAAAGCCCAUACUGAGAACAAUUUACUCUGAAAUCAUCAUAGCGUUUCAAUCUGUGAAAGUCAUACCCGGAGUGCUUUAGAGGUCAAUCACAUUAGGGUUUCAUGUGGUUUAGUGUUGUCGUUUGUUAACAGCCAAUGCAGGCCUGGAUUGGCCAUAGGAAAGACCAGGAGAAUUCCCGAUGGGCUGGUCUGUUUUUUUGCCAAGAAGGGGCGGUGUUGUCAUGCCACCGGGUUGAAGGUUGCUGUCCUUAGGCUGCCAGUACUUAUCCAGCCCCACUUGAAAAUGUUAUUCUCAAGUUGAUUGUGUCCUGAGUCCCAACCACUUACUGGAAGAAUUCUUGCAUUAGGGUCUAUUAACAUCUAAGACGUAUGGAAAACGCAGGACGCACAGCUUUUUUUCUUCUUUUCAAAUCCCUCGACCUGUGAACACGAGUUUUGUAUCACACUUGUCUAUAUUUGAGUGUGGUUGCCAUUUGUCUAGAUUUAAAAAUAAACUUGAACGCGACUUCAUACGAACUCUAAAAGGAAAAGGAUCUACAAAUUGUCAUAGAUGUAACAAGGAGUUGUCUAUUGCAAAAGUAUCAAAAUUCUAUUUGAUGCAAAGCUUAUCAGUUUAUUGGAAAAAAGUAAGUUUCAUAUGACUAUCUCAAGUAAAACAAAAUGUUGAAAGUUAUAUAUUUGUUCUUUUUUGACACAAGGUAGGCCUACCUUACAUUAUUUGGCAAUAUACAUGAUCUAAGUACUAAAAAAUGAAGAUAGGGAUUUGUAUUUUUCCAUCUGUUUCCCCUGUAUACUAGAUAAAUAUUGUAUAUUGUAUAUAAAGAGUUUUCAAACUUUAAAAAAAUCUCAAGAUUUUUUCAACAUCAAAAAAAUACAGGGAAAACACAAACACAUUUGUUCCCUUUCAGAAGUUUACUCUAAUAAUAUUAAAACACCUUAUGGUAGGGCUGCAAGAUUAUGGGUAAAAUA